AUUAAAGGAACAAUCUACUCAGCAGUUCGUGCACUGAAGAGGAUUCAAAAUCCGGCUUGAGAGACCACAUGCUCACGCGCCGCCAGCUGAGGCAGUCUCAUACACAACAACUCUUGCAUCAUCGUGGAAGGAAAACCUGUUUGGCGAUUGCACGAAUCGCACAGGUACACCAAUAGUAAGAUAUGUUAUCGAGGAUAUUUAUACGAUGUGCCAGUCGUAAGGCUUUCAUUCCUCCUGUCAACUUCCGUUAUGCUUCUCAAACCGAGGAGGAACAAAUGGAAGAAUUGCCAAGAAUUCGAUAUCCUGCUAUUAAAGAUGACUGGAAUAGAAAUUAUGGGAAUAAGCAGAGUGAAAGAAGAUAUGAAAAGAAUGAUUCCCAUGACAGGCCUGCAAAGUACAAUAGUAAUAUUUUUCGCAUGAAGGCGGCAUGGAUUGAUAAUAAAAUUAACAAUUUCCACGACAAACGUAAAAAAACGUCCAAGUUGUUAGGAGAUAUUUAUGGUGACGAUAUCCCAAAAAGAGAUAUUAUUCGUAUAAAUAAUGAUCAAUUUAAUAUUGAACCGCUCGGUGAAAUAAUUUAUGGAGUAUAUCCCGUUCUUUUUGCCCUUAAAGCCGAGCGGCGGCGAAUAAAUUAUAUACUUUACAAAAAAGGAUCUGAAAUGAGAAACAAGAAAAUUCGAGAAAUUUUAGAAAUUGCACAAGAGCGCAACAUAAAAUUGCAAAGUUUAGUUGGUGUACAGUUUAGAUCACUCUUCCGAGGAGACCAAGUACACCAAGGAAUAUGCUGUGAUGCUACUCCACUUUCCUUUGAAGAACUACAAAUUGAACCUUCUAACAAAAUGAUCAAACCAGAUGAGAAUACAAACAGUACUGAUGAGGUAAAUUCAGUUGAGUUUCAGACAGAAAUAACAUCUGAUAACCAUCAACAGAAACCAUUUCAGUUAUGGCUGUAUCUAGAUCGCAUUCAAGAUCCUAUGAAUUUUGGAGCUAUCUUGAGGUCCGCAUACUUUAUGGGAGUAGAUAAAGUAUUGACUCCCGCAGAAAACAGCUGCCAAAUGUCUGGUGUUGUGAGUAAAGCCAGUUCUGGAGUAGCAGAGAUACUUCCUGUAUACCAGGUCAAUGACCCUAUUAAUCUCUUCGACAAACUGGCAGAUGAAGGAUGGCAUUUAGUAUCUUCAUCAUCAAGUGGACAGGCUUCAACAACACCUGUUACUGACUUUCAACCUCAAGGACACACUUUGUUGGCUGUGGGUAAUGAAGGAGCAGGCGUUUCCCAUGACCUUGAAAAGAAGUGCACAACAAUUCUAACAAUUAAGUCGGGACAGGACCUGGAUCAUGAUGCAUGCUGCCUUAAUGUUUCUGUUGCUACUGCAAUUAUUUUGCAUUCCCUUCAGUUGAGGCUGAAUCUCGGAAGAUAAAAAAAAUGGCAUUCUUUCAGAAAAGUAGUCCAUGAUAAAACAGUAAUAACCCUUUGGAAUAGUUCUGUACCCACCUCAGCUGUCUGAAUGAGAAUAGUCUACCUAGCCAGCCAUUUAAGUGAGAACUGUUUACCUACUGCAGCAAGCUAACUGGGAACUGUGAUCAACUUCAUAAUAUAUAAGAAAUUGAGGAGCAGAGGACAGCAUAUUUAGACAAAAUCUUGCAGGCCAAAUGUCUGUUACUACCACAAUUAGGCUUUCCAGGCAAAAAAAAAAUUCUUUAGUGCAAAUACAUAGUACUGGUAAUGUAUUACUCAUCAGAUCUAAAAAAUAAAUUGAUAGAUUAAUUUCUUUGUAAACCAAUUAUAAUUUGUUUAAUAAUAAAAAAUGAUUAUUUGUAAUAUUAGAGAAUAUGAUUACAUUGCAAUAAUAGAUGUAAAUAGUGUCAUGGCACAGACACAGCUGCAUACUGUAGCCAUAGAAUAAUUAGGUCUGGCACAAUCAUAAAUGGGUGCUCAGAACCUAAACAAUAGUACAAUUUUUUUUAUUUAAUAUAAAUUUAUAUAUAAUUUCUAAAUUAUUUUGUUCCUGAGGGUAGCCAUUGUUCAUGUUAAAAAAAAAGCAACCCCCAAAAAGUCUCUCAAAAUAUGGAUUAUUAUAAGAAAAUUUCCAAUCUGUUUGGGGGAAUGGCUGUUUCAGUAUAUAUAUGUUUAUCCAGAGAAGUGUGUUCUGCAUUUCGGUUUUAUAAGUAAAUACAAAAUUAUUAAAGUCAUGGUUAUGACUGACUUAUCUGGGGGAGAAGACUCCUACCAUAGUUUGUGCUUAAUACAAGAUUAUAAAAUGCUGAUCUUAAUCCAGAGAGGUAUCAUGGUUUAAUAACAGAAUCUUUUAAAUUGUGGGUUGCUGAAGAUGUUUGUCCAAGAUUGAUUGUGUCAAGCCCGUUUACUGAAACAGCAUACGACUUCUUUUUAAACAUACUUUAACUGCAUUUCAGAAACCCAUGUACAGUACCACCAAAAUAAACUGGUUCGUUCAGAA